CAUCAUACCUUGCUUACAUAUUCAUGCAUCAUAUCAUUUCACAUGCUCAUCCAUCAUUGAUAUAACAUGCUUAUUCAUCAUGCAUCAUGCUUACAUGCUUGCUUGCUUGCGUGUGGAUAUAUUCACCUUUUACACUUUGCUAUGGAGUACUCAGAGUACCUGAUGAGUUCCUUCCUGCUAUGUUAUUGGAGUGUCAUUCCCCUUGCACACACUCACUCUCAUCUUGCAUCAGCUCCGUGUCGAAGGUGAACUCGACCUCUAGUCUGGAAUCUUUAUGAAUUUGGCUUGGAAGAGCAAUUCUUCCCGCUUUGAGGAGUAAGAUUGGUUCCUGUUAGGUUGUUUCCAUUGGUUAAUACGACACUUGAUGAUGUAAUAUCAUUCUGUGUAUUAGCUUUUGGAAAUAUCUCCCAUUGAUUCUAGAAGGAUAAAUGGUUGAGAAGGCUUAAUGCCUUUAGGAAAACAUGUAUUGGCCUUAAAGAGAUACCAACCCUAAGACAUGUUUCCCUUAGCAUCCCACUCGUGAGGCUAGGCGUCCUGUGUUUAAGA